ACAAAACAUGGGAUUUGUUGAGUGAGAGGCGAAUGUAAACAACGAAAGCAUUCAUUCAUUCAAUAGAAGAGGAGUGAAGACAUCGCUUAACACAUCCCAAACACUGUCCACCAAAACAAUGUCCACGUCUUCGACCGGCAAUAGUCCGCUCCGAUUGACAGCAAGUGUUGACGCCUUCUAUGACCCGGACUUCACGCGAGACAUCUCUCAUAAGAUGAGAGUUCCCGAGAAGAUUGUCAUCAAUGACCACAACCUCAAUGGCGGCCACUUCGACGACCCGGCCAUCAUUGCCGCCCGCACUCAGGCCUCACACACCGGCCCUCACGACCGGCUGUGGAUGACUGUUCCCGAAAGGAUUCUUGUCGUCGGCAAUGAGAGCCAUAUGUCGGGUCGCGGACCGCUUCCAGAGAUGAAACUCGAGAACUCAAUGCUAGGAAUGAAUGACAACUCGACUACCAAUUCAUCGAUUCCUCUUCAGUUGUCUACUCCUCCGCACACUUUGACACUCAAUGAACACACGUUUCCAACAGUCGGCGACAACAACACUGACCACAACUCCUAUACUAACAGUCGGUUCCCAAAUAGUAGUCACAAGAAGAAGAGAAAUGUAGUCCUCUCGGGCUUCACAGCCAAUGAAGACGUAUUAGAGAAAUCGCGUAAAGAAUCGGUGGAAUCGCCUGAAUAUCAAAGUUAUUUCAAUUCAAACAAUUCUGUCAACGAUUUAUCGGCCGACGAGUCGACGGUUGUGUUGAGACGACAGGUGAAGGCUCUGUCGCGACGGGUGGCGGCCAUAGAGCUCGACAAUCAACACAGACAUCAACGAGAAGUGUUGAUCUAUACGUUGGGUGUCAUCUAUUUUGUAGUUAAAGGUUUUGUUUGGAUUCACAGACAGUUAUAAUCCAUUCAUUUUAAAAAUUGCACUCAAAUUAUAAAACUUUUUAUUUCUAAAUUUUAAAAUAUUUAUCGUAUUGUUUGACCAAAACUAUAGUUUUUGUGUUUUUUCUGUGCAUUUCUUUUAUCUUUAUUAUUGACCAAAGCCUUAGAUUUACAGCAAAACUUGAAAUGUGUUUGAAAUGUUUGUUUCAUUCAAUUAUUCGUUUAAAUAACAAUUAUUUUAAAACUACGAAAA